AUGUCUGCCGCCGCCGAUACUCCUCCUCCUCCUCCCAACAACAACAAUGGCCCUGUUCGUGGCUACGCCUCGGACAAGGCGUCGGCCGUUCGGUCGAUGGGCGGCUUUGCCGUCCAGGGAGACUCCUCGGACGAGGAGUAUGACGUCCCCGCCGCCGAGGCUCAGAUGUGUUUGCCCUGCAUCGAACGUCUGAUUCCGCACCUGCUGACGCCGUAUCCGCGCCUCCGCCGUAUCGUUUGCGAGCUCGUUCUUGCCGCCGCCGAAGGCGACCAUAUUGUUUCGGCUGCCCGUGCCAAGACGGCUGAAUUGCCCGGCCGCCGCGUUCGCCUCUCCGCCCCGUUUCGCCAGCUUGGCGAUACCUGGCGUGAGCUCUAUAAUGCCGCCAGGACGACUCCCGCCGACGUUGUCCCCGCCACUCCCCUCACCCCCGCCGGCGGUACUGCCCGUGGUGCCGCCGCUGUGGCGCUGCCCUCGACUCCCGGCGACCCUAUGGGUGCCCUGGUGCUGGCCUCGCAGGCCCUGACGCCGUCGCACAGCGGUGGUGUGCAGCAGCAGCAGCUGCAGAUGCUAGUGCGCGGUUUUGCUGGCGCCGUGCAAGGCCUGCGCGACCAUCAGGGCGCGCAGGACGCCCGGCUCAACAGCUUUGAGCUGGUGCAACAGCAGCAGUCGGGCCUCAUGGCCGCGAUCCACGAGGAGCUGGUUGCUGCCCGCCGCGUCCUGUUUGCGGACGGCCUCCCAGCGCCGGCCCCGCCCCUUUACCUUUCGUCCUCAGUCGAGGAUGACUCGAGCGAGUUGCCGCCUCCCCCCGGCCGUUAA